AUGAAGAUGAAUAGUGAUUUAAAUCUUGGUUAUAUUAAUGUUCGUUCGCCACCAUACAAUGCAACAGGUAAUGGUAUUACUGAUGAUACAGAUGCUAUUCAACGAGCUUUGAAUGAUACGGGUAAUAUGGGUGGUGGAAUUGUAUUUGUACCUGAAGGAAAUUAUUUAAUUGCUAGUCAUUUAAUUUUACCAGCUGCUACUGUAUUAAAAGGUGUCGCAUCACAUGUUCAAAAACAUUGGGGUGAUCCUAAUAAAAAAAUUGUUUUUGGUACAACACUUUUAGCUAUUGCAGAUGCUGGAAAUGAGAAUGGUACAUCGUUUAUUUCAUUAUCAGGUGAUAGUAGUGGUAUUGAAGGUUUACAAAUUUUCUAUCCAAAUCAAGUUCCAAGAAAUCCACCUAUAGCUUAUCCAUGGACAAUACGAUGUGGACAAAAAGGAAUAACUGCUGAAAAUAAUUUUGUUAAAAAUGUUCUAUUAGUUAAUUCAUGGAAAGGUAUUGAUGCAGCAACAUAUGAAUCAUCACGUCAUUGGUUUGAAAACAUUUAUGGUCAACCAUUAGCAAUAGGUAUAGCUGUUGAUCAAUGUUAUGAUAUUGGAAGAAUAAAUCAUAUACAUUUUUGGCCAUUUUGGUCAAGUGAACCAUCAUUAUGGAAUUGGAUUAAUAAUAAUGGAAUAACAUUUUUAUUUCAAAGAACUGAUUGGGAAAUAGUUGAAGAUGUUUUUAGUUGGGGUUAUCAAAUUGGUAUGGCUUUUCGUGCAAGUAACAAUGGUGCUUGUAAUGGACAAUUUACAGAUAUUAAUUUUGAUAAUGUUGAUAUUGGAAUUGAUAUAUCAUAUACUCAAACAUGGGGAAUAUUAUUUUCAAAUUUAAAUUUAGCUAAUGCAGGUGGUGGUUCAAAUCGUAUUGGAAUAUUAGGACGUGCAAUAAAUGGUACAAGACCAACAGAUGCAAUUGUUGUUGUACGUGGUGCUUCAUUUUGGGGUCAAUUUCAUCAAAAUCUUCUUUGGUCACAUUCAGGUUUAAUUUCAAUUAGUGACUCAUUAUUUAGUCAAUGGAAUAAAACAUCACCAGCAGCUAUUGAAAUUCAACAUGGACGAGCUAUGAUUAAUAAUAAUUAUUUUGGAGAUAAUAUUGGUAAUGCUGUAACAGUCUUACAAGAUGCUGAUAAAGUUACAAUUACUAAUAAUCAUUUAAAUGGAAAUGAAUUAAAUGUAGUUACUAAACCGACUGUUUUAGUUGCGAAUAAUUUACCUUAA